UAAUGUCUCUAACAUCAGAUGCUUUUUCGAGAAGCAUAGUAUUGACAACAAUCCCAUUAGAGGAAUUAAAGUUUGUUUAUUCAGUACCAUAAAUAGUUGAUCCUGAUCCCAUUACCUGUAUUAUUGAACCAAGUAUAAUUUAAUUUGGAUUACUUAUUAGCUCAUGAAGAGGGAGGAAUAUAUGUUGGAGGUUAUGAAGGAGCUAAGGAUUUAGAAAUGCUUAAGAGAUUGAAAAUCAGAGCAGUAUUAACUGCAAGUUAAGAGACAGCUGUUUAAUAUAGUGAUUUGGUGGUUUAAUUUCAUCAUGUAGUAUAAGCACAUGAUAAGGAUGAUUAUAAUAUAUUGUAAUUUGCAGAUUAAACAUUUGAUUUUAUUGAGAGACAUAGGAAACAUACUAAUAUAUUGGUUCAUUGUUUUCUAGGAAUAAGCAGAUCACCUACUAUAGUAGUUGCUUAUUUGAUGAAAAAAUACAAUUUGAAUAUAGAAAAAGCUUUAUGGAAAUUGAAAUCAAAGAGAAGAUAGGUUAAUCCUAAUACAGGAUUUUUGAAAUAACUAUUAAACUAUGAGAAAUUACUUUAAUAACAGCAAUAAUAAUAAUAAUAAUAAUAAUUGUAAUAAUAAAAACCAAAAGGCAUUUUUAAAAUGGUUAGACAAUAAGCCAUCCCUCAAACUUAGAUGCUACCCCAAAGUCGAAUCUUGCCCAUGGAUAGUAGAGUUAUAAUAUAGAAAUCACCCUCAUAAUAUUUAGGAUAAACUUAUUAUAGAUGAU